AUGACCACUUAUGUCAUCAACGACGGGGAGUUUGAAAAACUUCAGAACAAGGUGAUUCUCGUCACUGGUGGUGCUGCCGGCAUUGGCCAAGCCAUUGUGACUCUCGCUCAUCAGAAUGGCGCUAAAGUAGCGUUCUGCGACGUCGAUGAGGCUCGAGGCAAACAAGUGGAGCAGGAACUUGACGCUAACGUGUUCUUCAAGCGAUGCGAUGUAUUUGACUGGGAUGAACUCCUCCACUUCUUCCAAGAAACCGUUUCGAAGUUCGGCCGGAUCGACACAGUCAUUGCGAACGCCGCAAUUAAUAAGUUAGAGACGCUUGAUGAGCCCAUUGAUGACGACUUGUUGCAUUUGAAGAAGCCGGACCUCUCCGUUCUGAACGUCAACAUUGCUGCAACCUGUAAAGGGGCUGUUCUGGGUCUCAUGCGUUCCCUGCGGACCCAGCUUCCAAAGAUGAACAUCAGCGUGAACAUGAUAGCUCCUUGGAUGACAGUCAUGCCCAUUGGGAUCAUUGCCGACCGCUGA